UUGAUGAAUUAUUUAUAAUAAGUAAGGAGAAUCUUGUUUAUGAGGUUCUUCUGAAUAACCAAAUUAUUAAAGAGUUUGUAUAUACAUUUAGAAGAAAUAAGAGUGUUGAAAUUAUAGAUAAUGAAGAUAUUGAAAUCAUUGAUAAUGAAAAGGAUAACAGCAUUGAAAUUGCAAUU